GUGUGAAGGGAGCUACACAGGAACGACAACGAUCGGGGAGCAGCAUCGUGCAUUUCGCGCGUAAAGCCCUGCAAGCGUUGUCCAGUUAAUACAGCUAAACGUGCUACAUGCAUUAAUAAUCCUCGCGUGGACUUACUAUGACAGCUUAAGCCGGAAGUGACUACAGCAAAUUCACAUGGCCGAUCAACUGGGGCCUCUCGCCGGUCCAGCGCAAGAUCCGCUAGAUGAACUUGGAGGUUUAGUAGGACAAACUUUGAACAUUUUCGACGGACAAGGUGUAUCAGCGGCUGGGGCCAACGCGGGAGGAAGGCAUCCGCUAGACGUCUUUGGGGCAGGGUCUCGGGGAGCACCGGAUUCGGUUGCCCAAUCCAUCGACUUGGACCUUCUUGGAUCAUCGAGUCCGGCAGCAACAGCCCAAACUUCCCUUCUUCGCAGCAACACCGCUGCACCUGACGCAGAGAUACCGUUGUCACCCGAAGAAAUUCAGGUCAUGCUGAGGUCCAGAGCGAUCAGGGCGCUGGCGGCUCCUCCCUGUACGACGGCGCAGGCGCAGAAGGGCCGAGCACCAGCAGCACGCCUGCCGCUACACGGCCCGCAGACGAGGUUCCUCCAGUACGCGUCUGGAUUCGGGAACCUGAACGAAACGAGACGACGAAUAAGCUUGGUAUGCGGACAACGUACUUUACGUACAUGAUACGGACAGAGAGCAGCCUGCCGAGCCUGCGUUCUGACGGGUUGGAGGUUCGGCGGCGGUUCUCGGAGUUCGACGUGAGUUUACAGCAUCAGACAAGCAGCCUGCUCAGCAAGACCUAUGCCGUAGGCUGGCUAGCCGGCAUGGCCCUUGGACCAGAUGGGGUACACGAUGGCAGGGGGUUUAAGAAAGUCUGCAUUUGCAGCAACCCG